AUGGGUUUUUUGGAUCUAGGCUAUCCCCUAGACUAUGAUUCAAUACUUCAAAUUACCGAAAAGAUUAGAAAUAUUGCACUAAAGCAAUUUGUACUUUGUAUGCAACAUAAUUAUGACAGAUUAGAUCAUGAAUUGUUUUUUGGAGAUGAAGUAGAAUACAUGAUAGUUAAACUUAAUGAUGAAACUAGAAAGGUACAAAUUGCUCUAAUAGCCUCUGACGUGAUAUCAGGAAUGUCAAAAGAUGAAAAUGUUAAAGGAUUGCCAGAGUAUGCUUCUUAUAUGAUAGAAGUGAUUCCAUCUAAACCUCUAAGGGUUAAUCUAUCCUCAAUUUUGGAAAUUCAAAAACUAUUAAAUCACAAGAGAAAUGUUAUUCAGAGGACUAUCACCUCACUUGGCUAUUCAAAAUGCCAUGUCUUACAAAUGACAUCUUUCCCCAGACUAGGUUGUAAAGAUUCUAUUGCAUAUAUGGAUAAUCAAACAAAAACUGAUUCCAGGCAGAUUGCAAAAAGUAUAUUUCUCCCUGAUGCCGUUAUAACUAAACAUCCCAGAUUCAUAUCAUUUACAAAAAAUAUUAGAUUACGGAGGGGGGCUAAAGUAGCUUUAUUUGCACCAAUGUUCAUGGAUAAAUAUACACAAAUAAAAAAAUUGCCAGACGAAUCCCCAAUCGCCGUAAGAAUUGUUGCAUCCAAAUAUAUUGAUAGACAUGAUUCUACUGCCAGUUCACCCACUUCAUCUACACCUAGGCUAGGAGUUUCCUUAGAUGAAACAUUAGCCAAAAACAUAUCAAAAAUCAUAGCCAGGGGAAGUUCGUUUCAUAAAAUCGAAACGGUGGAUCGAAUAGAAUUGAAAGCUUCAGAUUGCCCAUCUCUUGAUAAAUUGUUCUACACAACUGAUAUAUGUGGCCUUGUACUUGAAAAUUCUGAAGAUAGUGACUGUGAAUAUUGCCCCUUUUCACCUUGUGAAUUUAGAAAUACACUGGAAAUUCUUAACCGAAAAUGGGUUGAAGAAACAGCCGAAGCGGGGGAUGAUAAUCCAAUCCCAUUACAUAUUUACAUGGAUGCCAUGUGUUUCGGUAUGGGAAUGUGUUGUUAUCAAAACACCUUUUCAUGUCCAAGCAUGGAUGAUGCUAGAUAUAUUCAUGAUCAGCUACUAGCUAUUUCUCCUUAUUUCCUAGCUCUGACUGCCUCUUGUCCGAUUUUCAGGGGAUUUUUAACAGAAACAGAUACUAGAUGGAAUGUUUUAUCUCAAUCUGUGGAUGAUAGGAGUGAAAAGGAUUGUUUGUACAUGCCCAAGUCUAGAUUUUCAUGCAAUUCAUUAUACAUUUCCAAUAGAGAUGUAUUAGUGAAGAAUUAUUUCAAGUUCAACGACGUAUUGUUACCCACUAAUAUUGCAGUGUAUGAUGAAUGCGUGGAUGUUGGUGUGGAUCCAAUUUUAGCCAGACAUAUAUCUCAUAUAUUCACUCGAGACCCUAUAUGUCUAUUCAAGUCAUCUGAGAAUUACGAUGAUAAAAAUCCAACUGAUUUUGCAGAAUUUGAAGCGUUUCAGAGUGUAAAUUGGAACAUGGUACGUUUCAAGUUACCAACGUUACCAGUGGUACCUGGAAGUAAGGGGGAAAUAGGGUAUCGUGUUGAAUUUCGCUGUCCUGAGAUGCAAUUAACCGACUUUGAGAAUUCUGCAGUUUCAGCUGUACUUUUAGUACUUACUAAAAUGAUUGUGAAGAACAAUUUGGAAUUGUAUUUGCCCAUCUCAAUUUUGGAAGAGAAUUUGAAAAGAUCAUCACAACGAUCAGCAGUGUUUAAAUCUAAAUUUUAUUACCCGAAAGUCAUCAAUGGUCAUUAUACUGUAGAAGAAGAUACGCUAUAUCACAUUUUAUUUGGAGAAGACGGAUUAUUUACCAAAUGUAUUAAAUUUGUAAAGCAACAGGUGGCGUCAUUGGACACCGAUACUGGGGCUAAAGUCGUUUUUUUGUUUGAAAAGUAUAUGCAAUUAUUUAAAAGAAGGUGUGAAGGACAGCUUCCAACAACUGCAGGUUUUAUCAGGCAAUUUGUGUUGCAGCAUGAGCUGUAUAAGCAAGAUUCUGUGGUAUCUGAUGAGAUCGCCUAUGAUUUGUGUGAUUUAGCUAUAUCAAUUCAAUCAGGGAGAAAUCCACAUUCUGAAAUGUUAUUGGGAAAUCUGGCAAAAUAUAAUUAG